ACCACGCCUGCCUCACAAAGACUGCUGCGACUGCUGUUGAAAAUUUUAGGCAGAAGUAAAAAAUUAAGAAUUAUAUCACAAUAUUUAUAAAUGUCAGCCUCUUCGGUCCAUUUAUCACGAGUUCGGACGCUGUACAAAGCAAUAAUGAGACUUCAUAGAGGAUUGCCAGCCGAGCUAAGUGAAUUAGGCACUACAUACACAAGAGAUGAAUUUAAAAGGCAUAAAAGCUGCACACCAGAAGAAGCCCAUGUAUUUAUGGUCGAAUGGAGUAGAUACGCAUUAAAUCUGGCUGAGCAGUUGGGUUUGAAAGGAGCAAAAAGUUCUAAGCCGAUUGGAAAUUCAUUUUCGGAAGAACACCUGGAUAAUUUUAGGGAAGAUCAGAUCGCUCAACUUUAUGAACUUAAGUUAGCCGCAGCAGGUGAAAGCAAUGAUUCUGGAGAAGAUAAAAACUUAACCGAAAGUGAAAAAGACUCUAAAAAAAGUGAAUCAAACAAUAAAACUUAAAGAGCGUGAUGAGUUAUAGAGUCAGAUUGAAAAACGCUUUAUUUGUGAAUGGAAAACUCUUAUUUAUUUCUUAGCAUGAUCAUCGAAUAAAAACAUGUAAGCACAAUAGAAUUAAUAGAUUAAAUAAUGUGAUUGUGGAAGUUUGCUUAAUAUUAUUUACAAUUAAACAAACAAAAAGCUGUGAGACAUUUUAAGUACCCUGUUUCUUAAUGCAGAACUUAAUAAUAGUAAUAAAGUAAGGAGAGUGAUGAUAAUUACAUCUGAACAAUUGUAUUCAAGAAAAAUGCACAUUUUUAUGAAGAGAAUCUACAUCU